AUGGACACACGGAGCAUGGCGGUGGAGUUUGACACUCUGCAGAACAAGGAGCAUGGCGACAUGAGCAGCCACCAUGUCGGGCUGAACGUUCGAGGCGAAGACAGAUCGCUAGUCGCUGUGAGGUCACCCUUCCGUCUGAGCAACAGGAAGGCGUACACGGCGUGGGUGGACUAUGAGCCAGGAGACCCCGGCACCAUCCAGGUCUUCCUGGCUGACUCGCAGGAGAAGCCGCAGCAAGCGGUGCUGGAGUGGAGGCUGGCGCUGUGUGAGGUGCUGCAGGGUGCAGUUGAUCAGCCCGCCUUCUUCUUUGGCUUCGUGGCGUCCACCACUGUGAAGCCGUUUCAGCGGCACGUCAUUCUUGAAUCGACAGUGGAUACAGGCCUUCCUGCUUCUCCCCGAACAGUCACACGUAAUCCAGCCUAUGGCCUGCAGCUAUCAACGAACACAUACAUGCCAGAACGGGCCAGCCCCUUCCCGCGCUAUGUGAGUGCGGACUACCGUGUUGCGCCCAGCAAGCAGGACUCGUGGGUCAUCAGCGACUUCCACUCCUGGGACUCCGUGCCCUUCCUCGGCUGGCCCGUCAAGGACCAAAGAGACUGCAGUGCUUGUUGGGCGUUUGCGCUGGUGGCGAGUGUGGAAGCGGCAUACGGCAUUGCCUUGAAUGCACAGGCACCGCAGCUGUCAGUGGAGUCACUCUUUGCAGCCAUGGGGCUCACCUCCGAAGCUGACAAGUGCAGCACGGGGGGCUCCCCCACCGAGGCGUUGGAAAGGCUUCUCAUGCUGCCUCGCGGUGGAGUCACAGAGAAAAAGGAGUACCCUAUUCAUGGCUUUGAGUGCACAAGGUUCAAGGGGUUUGUGGGGCUCAUGCUGGCAGUGCGUCGACAGCCAGUGGUGGUUCACAUUGAGGCUUCUGCUCUGAGUUUUGCACAAUAUGACGGGACCUUCAAGUACCAGGAUCCUGGUUGCUACACCGGCAGACUGAACCACGUUGUACUCGUUAUCGGAUACUUCAUCUUGAGAAAUGACGGCAGCCAAAAUCGCAUAGCGCCUCCAUUUUGGAUCAUCCGCAACUCGUGGGGAGUGGAGUGGGGUGACCGGGGCCACAUGCGCAUGGACAUUCAGGGAGGGGAUGGCGUGUGUGGCAUCAACAUGCUGCCUGGCAUCUACCCCAUUGUCAAGAUGGAUGUGUGUGGGUCUGACUUGAAGAACCCAUGCUACGUCGGCGCGUGCAUCAACGACGGCAAGGGCUCCUACUCCUGCAUCUGCCCCCCCAACUACAUUGAAAGCACAACCAUUGACAGCUUCCCCACCUGCGACCCAGGUGCUGCUGGCUUGGCAUCGUUUGGCAUUGACUGCAAUCAGGCUUUGCCUCGUAACAUGGUGCUUCAGCUGGGAAAUCCUCUCCUCGUUCCCUGCACUGCGUUCUUCUACACCCUCAGUGGCGACACAUGCUGGUCCAUCAGUGCUCAGCUGUUCCUCACCACCAGCAACCUCACGGCACUCAAUCCCGGCCUUGACUGCUCUGAGCCCAUCAAGGCGGGCCGCUCUCUGUGCGUCGAGCGCAACGCCACCUUCGCCUUCACUGUGCCUCGGUGCCUACGUUACGGCGUGCUUACAGCACAGGACACGUGUGAACGCCUGCUGCUGGAGGCGGGGAGUGAGGACGACCCAACGGAGACUGGGAACGUGAACGCUGUGCGCUGGGCUGAGCUGUACCGCAACAAUCCCGGCCUCAUCUGCUCGAGUGUCAUCCCGGUCUCCGCCUCUGCUGUUGGCAGCAACACUGGCGUGCAGGUGAGAGGUGGAGGUGAACUGGAUGAGCUAAUUCGCUUGGUACGGGAGUUCGGCGGCAAGACCGAGUUGGGCAGCGCACCUGUUGAUGGCGGAGCAAGAGCGGUCACCCGAAUUCCUGCAGGCACAGCAGCGGCAUACAUACGAGUGAAGGAGUUCUACCUUCAGCGUGGAUUGUGUAACCGGAUGGCACUCUCUGAGGAGCUCUCUUCAUUGAAGAUGAAAGAGGGGGAGGGGGUGGCUGCAUACUGGGCGCGUGCCGAGGACUUGAGGUCCAAGUACUUGGCUGCAGGAGGAAAGGAGGAGGUUGAGGAGUGGAUGAUGAGGAUACUCAAAGGACUACCUCCUCACUUUGAGAUGCUGAAGGUGGUGUUGAACAACCAGUCAUCAUCGCUCACUAAGGAUCAGCUGCUUACCUCCUUGAGGAGCGAGAAGAUGCGGAUUGGUGUCGCACCAAGAUCGGAUGGUGUAGCCACAUUUGGAGCGGGUACGAAAGUGGGCAGCAGCGGCAGGGGAAAUUGGGUCAAGGGAGGAAAGCAUGGAGACAGCGGUAGCAGCAGUGACACCAACUCGGGCAGAUGGGGUCAAGGGAAAGGCAAAGCGGGAGUGCUUGAUUUCCCUUGGGGGUCCAAGGGCAUGGCUCCUCGGGGGUUGUGUCAUGGCUGUUGGGAUGAGGGACAUGCAUGGCAGCGAUGUCCUCAUCGACCUAAGGGAGGCAUUCCGGCAUUCUUACAGCGGGGGGGUCGUGGGUCCAACGGCAAGGCACAGGUGGCGGAUGAGGAGGAGCAGGAUGACAAGGCAGAGGCAGUGGUUGGAGAAGCAGUUGCAGCAGUGGGAGAGGAGCAGCCGCGAGAGGGGUGGUGGAUUGACAGUGGGGCCAGCCACAACUUUACUCCUUAUGCAUCGGACUUCAAAAGUAAGCUUCAACCACCAGAGGUUCGGGGAGUUAGAUUGGGAGAUGGACGGGUGGUGAAAGCUGUUGGCAUGGGUGAGGUGCCAGUGGUUGGUGCUGGAGGUCAGCUGCUGAGGAUUCAAAAGGUCCACCUUGUGCCUGAGAUGCACACGCGUCUGCUGUCAGUCCCACACCUCACCUCUCGAGAUGUCAUUGUCACAUUCAAAGGCAAGAGAUGUGUCCUUCAACGGGGGGAGCGGGUGUUGGCGAUUGGAGAAAAGGAGAGGGGAAGGGACCAUGGAUUGGUGCGGAUGUUUCUUCCUCUUGCUCACGGCACACAGGGCAGUGCUCUUGCAGCUAAGUCGUCCUCCUCAUUUUCCCCAUUGACCCUUGCCCAUCGCCGCCUUGGUCAUACCGCCCCCACAACAUUGCAACAGAUGGCUCGGGGGAACAGUGUACUGGGCUUGGAGAUUGGGGGGGGGAACACUGAUUGUUCCCCAUGUGAGCCCUGCUUAUUGGGAAAGUCGGCUCGGAAGCCGUUUCCCCAUGAGGCGUCUCGGGCACUUGGGCCUUUGGAUGAGGUCCACAUGGAUUUGUGGGGGCCGGUGCGCACACCAUCACUGGGAGAAGCGGUGUAUGUCUUCAGUCUCAUUGACGACUUCACCAGACGAGUUUGGUCGUUCCCCCUCCCCAACAAGGAAUCGGCCAUAGUUGCAAAAGUCCUUCGCCAGUGGCAUAAGGACGUGGAGUUGGAGUGUGGGCGGAAGCUGAAGGCUGUUCGCUCGGACAGGGGUGGCGAGUUCUUGGGGGAAGCUGUAAAAGCAUGGAAGGCGGAGUUUGGCAUUAAAACUCAAUUGAGCGUCGCAGAUACACCGCAACAGAAUGGGGUUGUGGAGAGGUGGCACAGGACGAUGGCAGAGGGGAUUCGCACAUUGUUGGUCGACAGUGGUCUCCCUGCUCGCUUGUGGGGUGAAGCAUUGAUGUGGGUCGUGUGGGUUAAGAACAGGGUCACCCACAGUGCUUUGCCUGCCUCCAUCACACCAAUGGAGGCGUGGUCCGGCCAGAAGCCGCAUGUGGGCAUGGCUCGGAUUUGGGGUUGCAUGGGGAGUGUCAUGUUGCAUGGGCAUGAGAAGGGUGGCAAGCUUGAUGCACGGGCUGUCAUGUGUGUCUGUGUUGGGGUGGACAUGGAGAGCAAGGGUUGGCGCAUGCUGGACCCUUCUAUCAUGCGCAUACGCAUUGCUCGGGAUGUUGAUUUCCUUGAGAAUGUGAUGUGGAAGGAUUGGGACAAGGCAAAGGAAUUUGGGGAGCUUCUGCAGGAUGCAGCUGCAAUUUCCCAACUCCUCCCUCUUCCACUCUCGCCACCUUCAGCAACGGCUGACGACGUUGAGAUGCCACUUUCACCACUGCCACCGGCACCGCUGAGUGUGUCGGUGCAGCAGCAGCCCACCCCUCUGCAGCACCUCAGUGGCCCCUCGGUCAUUCAGCGGAGAUCCGCUACACAGGCUACUUCCUCUUCCUCCUCCUCUGGUCAGCGCUCUAUCCCUCUCUCUACGGGUGCCCCUCCGUCACCAGCGACUACCUCCCCACCACCGGUUACGGGUUUGCAGGUGCUUGGUAUCCAGUCUGGUACAGGUGGUGAGGAGGUAGGGGGGGAUGCUGGUGUGGUUGAGGGCAUGCUAUGUUUGGCCAGGGAGGUGGAAGGUGUUGCACUGGCAGGUGUGAGCACAGGUCAAGGAGGUGCUUGCUCAGAGGUACCAGAUGAAGGAUCUAGGAAUGGUACUUGGUCAACUGAGGAAGGUGUUGCAGCUGAUGUCAAGGUGUACCAGAGUCUCAUUGGCAGCUUGAUGUAUGCUGCUGUGACCACCCGUCCUGACAUGUCUUUCACUGUCAACACCCUUGCACAGUCCUGCGUGGCACCAAGACGCAUUCACAUGCGCGCUGCACUGAGAGCACUCAGCUUGCAGCUGCAUGAGAACCUGGAGCGCAUCGGCAUGCGAGUGAUUGCUGCGAAGGCCAAGGCUUCAUUCGCUGGAGGGGUUGUAUUUUGA